AGUAACAAAGUGAAAUCUGCGGCCAAUGGCUUUCUCAUCGCGCGUGGCAAGGACGAAGAAGAAGCCAUCCGUGUGCUGGAGGAGAUCCAAGGCGAAGUUGACAAGAAUGCCGACGAAGCAGUUGCUGAGCAGGUCAAGAACGUGGAGGUAACGCCCGCAAAUAAGACGGGCAUACGGGCGAACAGCAGAUUUGAGAAUCUGGGCAGUACGACGAAGGGUUCAAGACGAGUUGGUUGGCACGCCGCAACAGAUUGCUGAUUGGGUCUUGUUACUCAAGGGCUCGGGGCAUGAGUAUCCUUCUGACUGCCUUCUUGGACUACGUUGAGGAGAUUGAACGG